AUGUCUUCGUUGAUUAAAGAAGGCUUUAUACAACGUUAUAAAGCUGGAUUUUUAAUUUCUAAUAAAUGGAAAAGUAAUUAUGCUGUGUUAUAUUCUGAUUCAACUCUUGCAUUUUUUAAUAAUCGGGGUGAUGCAAGACCAGUCGAAACUGUUUUUCUAAAAAAUGUUGUCCCUUACACCUGUGUUGGAUUCAUGUGUGAUAGGAUGCCUGUCCGUCGUCCAUCUCUACCACAAGGUGUAGCCGUUCAACGUUUGGUGGGUAUUGGAAUGGAUCCACAGGCCUCAAAAGUUCAUUGGAUUCUUUUUCCAUCAGAACAAAUAUUAGAAGAAUGGAUGAAUGCUAUCCUUUCAACUCUCCCCAAACCACCAACAAAUCCUUCGCAGAAUGUUCCUCAACAACCUACAAUUCCUCCAGCAAGAUACCCGGACGCCCCACCUGCUUAUCCAACACCACCAAUGUCUAAUACUUACCCUUCCAACGUUCAGCAGCCGCAACAGAUUCCUUAUGGAGCUAGACCUCAAUAUCCACAGCAACAACCUUAUUAUCGUUCCCCACAGCCUCAAACAGUAAUUAUUGAUCGGACAUCAACAACCUAUGCCCAACCAACUGCUACUUCUACAUUUGGUACUGGUUUAGCAGCCGGAGCUGGAGGGGCACUCCUAGGCUCUCUUCUAGGUUACGGUAUUGGCAGUAUGUUUGCCCCACAUGGGGGCUGGGGAGGUGGUGGAUGGGGAGGGGGUUAUGGAGGCAGUGGAUUUGGAGGUGGAUAUAUACAGGAUAAUGAUACUUACAUAACUAACAACUAUUAUAUGAAUGAUGAUAAUAAUCAAAGCUCAUCACCUGUAGUGAACGAUGUCACUGACUCUACAGAUUACUCCAAUCCUGGAAUAACUGAUUAUAGUGGCGGAACUUAUGACUAUGAUGGAGGGGGAGCUUGGGAUUCUGGUGGAGGCUUUGACAGUGGUGGAGGAUUUGAUAGUGGAGGCGGAUUUGACAGUGGUGGUGGAGAUUGGUGA